UUCAGUGUUCUUGUGUUUUAGCUCUUUGACUGUACUUGUUUGUGUACAAAUGUAAUAUCUGUGAAUGCGUGUAGUGGAUCAGACGGGGAAGGGUGUCCAAACAAACAGCUAACUAGAGAGCUCGAAAGAGAAAUGUCACAGCCUGGUUGUGAAGCGGUUCAGGCAACAAAUGAUGAUGCUAGCGAAUGUAAACGUUGUGCUGUAAAACUGGGAUAUUGGGAUGAUCCAUAUAUUUCAUUGUUUGUGCGCGGUACAGAGAGAAAAGCUCCUGAAAUCAAUCGUGGCUACUUUGCGCGCACCAAAGGUGUGGGGAUAUUUAUCGACAAAUUUUUAAAGAAAUGUGGAGGCAAAUGUCAGUUGAUAAAUUUGGGAUCGGGUUUUGACACAUUGUACUGGCGCUUGAAAGAUUCUGGACAGACAGUUUCAAAUUUCAUUGAAUUGGAUUUUCCCACAGUGACAGCAAGAAAGUGUUACCUAAUUAAACGCAAUAAAACUCUCCUAGAGAAAAUUCAUACUGAAGAUGGAGAAGUGAAACUCAGUGCCACAGAUUUACAUGCAGGAAAUUAUCACAUAGUUGGGGUUGAUUUGACUAAUCUUUCUGAAGUCCAGUCAAAGUUAAAUGAAGCAGAAGUCAAUUACAGUUUGCCAACAUUGUUUUUAGCAGAAUGUGUUUUGGUUUAUGUAGAAGUUCCAAGAGUUGAAGAACUUCUUAGCUGGAUAGCAAAGGACUUUAGUUCUGCUCUGUUUGUAAAUUAUGAGCAGGUGAAUAUGUCUGACAAAUUUGGGGAGGUGAUGCUUUCAAAUUUACGAUCAAGAGGCUGUCUCCUUGCAGGUGUUGCAAUGUGCCAAAGUCUCGAAACUCAAAAGAAAAGGUUCUUGAACACGUCUUGGGAUGGGGCUCGAGCUUGGGACAUGGUGCAGAUAUAUUCAGCUCUUCCUGCUUCAGAACGACAACGUAUAGAGCGCAUAGAAUUUUUGGAUGAACAAGAACUACUAACACAGUUAUUCCAACAUUACUGCAUUGUAAUAGCCUGGAAGGGUGAGAUAUUCAAUGACAUUGACAUAACAUAAAUCCAUUUAGGCUACAUUUUUUUAUGAAAUACUGCAGUAUUAAUUAGACAUUAAUUAAUUUUAUAUAAACGUAGCUUCAUGCUUGUCUGAACCAGAAGUCCUACUACUGCCAUCAAUAUAAUAAGCUGUAGAUUGAAUCUCUGAUAAGAGGUAAUUUUGUGAAAGAAAACCCUACUCAGAGACAAGGCUCAGCUGAAUGAAGCUGCUAUUAUCCUGUAGUGGCUAUGUGUGUAGUAUUAAUUCUGGUGUUUGGCUACCUUAUCAGCUGCAAUACCAGAAAUCAGGAUAGAAGGAUGCAUAAGAGAAGCAAAACUGCAUGGAAAAUGCUGGUGAGCUCACAGUGUGAGAUUUGAGGUGCAGGGCACAGAUCAUAUAGCUUUGAAUGGCUUUGAUUUUCAUACAAAUUUACAUUUUCAUGAAGCAUAUGGAUAAAUUUCCAUAAAUCUCCAGAGUUUCAGGUGAAAUUGGUGUUGUUAUCCACUUAAUUCCAUUCUCCAUUUUAUUUUUCCUAAAAAGAGCCACAGUCUGAACAAUAAAGUUACUUGUAAACAGUUUUCCAUUUAUAUUAAUGUGCACGUCAGUUUUAACCAUUAGGCAAGUGGAACCAUUCCACUGAAACUUUUAAUAUUUAAAGUAUAUGUGUUUCCUUAAUGUGUGUAUGAUGUGAUUUGCAAACAAGAACAACAUGUGUAAAGUAUUUAUUUUUGCAUAACAUAUGUCGUAUAACUUUUUCUGUAGCAUAUUUUAUGUUCACAUAUUCUAGACAUUUUGAGCUUCACUGUUUCUUCUUGGCACUGCAUAAUACAUAAAGAUAAUACAUGAAGUAAAUAAUGCAUGCCAGUCACUGCAAGAACAGUAUUUCUAAUCUACAUUUAAACUGCUAUUUUACAAAGUCGUAGAAAGAUCAAACUGGGCUAAUGAUGCAAUGAUCAAGUGUUACAAAUCAAUGGUGCCAUCAGUUACAAGUCUUCUAAUGUGUUCUAGCUCCUGUACUGAGUGAUUAAUCAUUACUUUCUCUCUGUCAGGUUCUUAGCAGUUAACACGUAAUAUGUUGACCUUGUAGCAUCAUUUCACUAGAGGCAUGUAUGAAACAUUUCCUAUGUAUUUGCAAAGUCAUCUUUAUUUUUUCCAGAGGGCCUUUAUGAUAUGAAAGAUGCUCAAAUUUCCCCUGUCAAUAAGAACAUCCCAUAAACAAACAGUGUGGCUGGUUCAUCCCAAGUAUUUAUUAUGUCAGAAGUGAGAUAUUUGAAAUUAAUUUACAUGUCUUCAGAUGCGUAAUGUUAUUAGAACCAUAUUGUCCAAGUUCUGUUGAAGUCAAUAAGAAUGUUUUGUGCACCAAUCUUUGUCAAACAUAUACAUUGAAUUAUCUUUAUAUAUUGAAAUAUUCUGCAUUUUGUUUAAAAUAAUCUGAAACAUCACUAAGAAAUAUAUAAAUGGUGUGCAACACAUCAAUGAAUUGGUUGAUUGUUAAAUUGAUCGAAAACUUCAAAAAUGAGCUUCAUUUAGGAGUAAUAAAUUAAAAAGAUAUGCCUUUCCUUGUCUGUAAGUUAUUUGGUUUGCUUCAAAAUAUUUUAUUCGGUGCUGUUUGUUAUAUAUUUGAGAAUUUAUUUUGAGAAAAAUGCCACCAAUCUUUUAUUCUCUUUAUUAACAUCACAAAUCAUUAUUUUCCAUUCUGUGUCCCAGACAUUCUCAUAAAAGAUUUUGUUGAAUUAUUGUACAUUCUUUUUAAAACCUUCUAUUUCUCUCACUUUUUUUACUGUUUAUGACAAAUUGUAGAGUUUGUAAAGUGAUAAAUUGGCCCUUGAAAUUUCUAGUAUUUUCCUUUUUUAUAUUAGUCAAUUUUGUCUUUGGAGUAACUGUUAGUGAGCUUAUUAUUCUUAGUGCUGUGAGGAAAGACAAUUGCUCAUGGUGUAGGACAAAUGUGAGAACAGAGAAUGCGCACGUAAACAUGGAGUGGAAUUAUAUAGCUCAUUUUACAAAAAUGGAUUUGUGAUCACACUUGAACUCAGUCAGCCACAAAACUUGAUGUAAUUAUUUGCAAGUUCAAAUAUUUAUUAGUUUACUCACAUAAUUGUGACCCAAGAUCCUGUGAUUCUGUAUGAUGUUUCUGUUUAGUCAUUUAUUUUCUCCAUGCAACUUGAUGAUCUUAAAUUUUUGGCGUCUUAGGUAUGUGAGGUGUUCAGGGUUGUGUAUAAAGUUCCAUCUUUAUUUAUUGCAAACAUUGUCAUUAAAAAAAUCAAUCAUGGAAGUGAAUAGUACAGAGAAAGCAAUUACCCAAAUACAUUCAUAUAAUGGAAGUGACUAACAGACUUGUGCCUUGAAAGAGACAUACAGGAUAUUGCUAUGCUUAUUACACAGCUACUCCUACAUUGUUGGAAAUGCUACAUCACUCAGGUUUUUUUUUACAUAAAUAUGAAUAAUUUACCCAUGGUUCACUUUUCUCAGUUUUACACUUGUAGUAGGUUACCUGUGACACAGUUAAUAUGUUAAGAUGGCCUCACAGUUUGAAGUUAGCAGAGUCAUUUAUGAAAUUACUCUUUUUUAAAGUUUAGCGGCUACAAUGGAUGUAAGGGCUGUAGGUUGUUGCUUCACCUUGUUGGCUACCGGUAGUGUCCUGAAAUUGGUAGGGAGAGCAACUCUGUAAUUUCAUUUAUUUAUUUUUAAAUCUAGAUUAGUAACCUACUCAACAUGAGGUCUUUUCUGAAUGGAUAUACAGAUUCAUCAGACAUAUGUGAAAUCAUGUGGUGUGGUGUUUUCAGUACUUCACAGUGCUGCCAACUCCUAAUUAUAAGAUGCCACUUUUUAAUACUGUUUACUUUGUGUGUUCGUAAAAAAACAGAAAGAAUGAAACGCUGCACCGAUUGGCUAAGAAGACCAGUUUUGGCUAAAGAAAAUACGUUAAGCCUGAGUAACAUCGUCCUACUGUGUAAAUGCAGUGCAUGUGUUAGUUAGGGGUCAACCUUGUCAACACCAACAAUUCAUUUAGUAGUAUUACUCUGAACUUUUCAAAAUCUCUUUGUUAUAUCAGCCAGUCUUCUUUUGCAAUCUGCUCAGUUACUAGCUAAUUCUAAUGUCUCCAGCUAAUGGUUAAGGCACUUGACAGUGGCAUUAGAAACUUUGACUGUGUUACAGUUGUGUUUUAUAACUGUAUAGGGCCACAAAUUAUGUGCUGCAGCAGUGAAAUACUGACUUCAUAAUCAUGGAGAUUAUAUUCCUGGUCUCAUAAUUAUGAGGAUGCUGGUUCAAAUGUAGGUUAUUUUUUGUUACUCGGAAAUUAAGGUCAUUAUUUUUACAUAUCAGUGUGAAGUAUCUCAUUUCCAUUAGCAUAGUUAGGCUGUUUAUAACUACAUUAGUAUAUAUGUAUGUCCCAAACUUUGUUGAAUGACAGUAUUUGCCAUAUUCUUUUGAAGGAACAGUUAAUAAUAAUUAUUGCAUUCACCUAUACACAAUCAUUUACAUGCAGAGAAACACAUUAACCAUAGUUUCUCAGCUAAAGAGUGCACCUCAUUAUUUCAUUAUACCUUCAUAAUGGCUUACCUGUAGAACAUAAAGCUAUUAUUACAGGUACAGGCCAGCACUUAACCUUUAAGUUGAUGAAGAUCUGAUCAGGAGAUAAAAAAAAAGGAAAAGGUCAAAUGAUUGUCACUAUGUUGUUGAGCCUGUAAUUUCCUUCAGAACUUUUUUUUAAAUACAACAUUCAUUCCAUACAUAAUGAUGAAACUUUCACAGGGAAGGUUAGUUUAGCUGUAUAAGCAAGUAUACAACUAACUUGUUACCUCUGGGAUAGAAUUACAUUCUGUAGAGCCGAUUCACAUUAUUGUUCCAGUCUAAUUCAAGUUUACAACUGCAGCUUAGAAUACAGUAUACAUUUCUGUAUGCAAAACUGAUCAUGUGUUACUAUUUAGUUCAUUGAUUAUGUUUUUCAAGUUUAUACAUUUAAUUUGGCCUAAAUUUGUCUGGUGUGUAGAUACUGAAACAUGUUAAUUUUGUACUGAGUAACUCAGUGAUGUCUAAGAAAGGGAUUAAAUUAUGAGAUGUGCAGUAAAUUACACAGAAAUUAUUUUAUACAUUAAACGGAACUAUAUUCAUAAGUGACAUGUAAGCUCACUUGAUAGGGACAUAAGAAAAUAAUUUUGAAUUGAAAUAGUUCACAAUGCAAUUUUUACUUGUAUUUUAGUUCUUCUAAUUCACCAUUCCAGAGCAGAUUGUUUUAUAUUUAGCUUUAUUUGUAUGAUGCAUGGUAUCAGUAUACAAUACUUGCAUCCAACAUAGUUUAAUAACACUAUCACCUUGAAAUAAAUGAGCCAUCCGUUAAUUACCUUUGGGACAACUUCACUACUACGAUUCUCCUUUGUUGUACAUAUGUACUGUUUCAAAUUCUAGUCUUUGCAAAGGCAUAAAUGAUUAUGUAGACUAAUAUUUAGUGAUAACCAAAGAUUUAGUAUUAAAGUCUCAGAUAAAGUUUAAGAACCUUCUUGAUAUUAUGCUUUCUGCAAUAUUCAUUAUUUCAAUAAUUCAUACUUUUUCACAUCAUCCAUUUCAAAGCUUGCUGUAGUUAUGUGAAGAAUGGUUCAUGAUCCAUGACAAGAUAUAUAACCCUCAAUUUACAGACUAAUCUCCAUUGUAUUCAGGCAGUACAAGACAAUAGCAGACUUUAUGCACUUGCAUAUAUUACUUAUUAUUAUUAUCAUUAGUAUUGCAAUUAGUGUUUUGUCUUGCAUAAAUUUGCAGUGUAUAAAGGUUACAUUAGAAUCCAGAUAAACAGUUUUACUCACUUCAAUAGUUAUAUUUAUUUUUCAUAUAAACAAUAUUUGAUUCUGGUAGGUUUAUUUUACAUAUCUUCCACCAUGUAUGCUUCAUGAAAGUGAGUAGGAAUUCUGAGAUUGGAAUGUUGCUGUUAUUUCUUUUUAAUUGCGUGUUUUCAUGAAAGUAGAAGGAAAGUGUACCUCACAUCCAUCACAAAUUUUGUAAGAGGGAGUACUAUUAUGUUUUGUAUUACUAUUGUGUUUUGUAUUAAUGAAGAAACAAAGCAACGAAAAUUCUAUUGCUUGAAAUAAGUUAUUUUUUCUUUCUGGAAUGAGACAGUAAGUCUGCCAGCCCCACAUUUAUUCUUAUUACAAUUUAUGAAUAACAUUGAAUGCUGGUUCCAGGUUUCUGUUAGGAUUGUAGAAAUAUUUCUAAAUAUCUUUAUCUCUCCUUGACAUUGAUUAAUACUGCAGUAUACAUAAUAAAAUAAAUUUUAUAAGUCCAUAGAUAAAAUGUUUAAAUAUUAAAAUCUGAUUAUUUAGAUAUCUUAUUUUUCAUUUGGUUACCGUUUCAUGUUCUUUGCAUAUUUAUCAGUGUGUGUCAUUGAUUCAUGUAGUAGAGAUUUGUCAUUUAUAUUGUUAAUGCAGUAAAUAACUUUUUCAUGAUGUAUCACAUGCAGUUCAAUGAAGAUUAACAUCCUGCUUGUGAUAUUAAAUGGCUGUGCAUCAUUCAUGCUAGCAUGUGUUAAUAAUGUAAGACUGUUGUUAUUGUAUAAAGUCUCACAAUGUUCAGGUACCCUAUGAAAUAGAAAAUAUGUGGCGAGUUGAUGUUAAAUACCAUGCCUGUUGAACUUACUGGUGUGGAUAAAAGAAAAAAAAUAUUAGAUUUAACACUGGGAUGUACCAUAUAAGUGACUUUUGCAUUAUGAUCAGCCUUUUAGAACACUUUUCUGGGGUAAUGGGUGAAUGUUUCACUUGAUAGUUCAUUACAGUAUGAUUGUCUAAUUAUAUCACUAUAUGUGUGUGUCCAGUGGAAAUUGUAGGUAUAACUUCAAAAAUGCUAUUAUAUUGAUACCUAUGGUAACUAGUCUUCUUAUAUUUUCAUAUGUGUAUUAAUGAUUUGUAAGCAUUAGAUAUUAAAAUAUCAUUUCUGUCUGCUUACAUUUCUUCAGUUUUUUUUUUCAAUUAAGUUCCUGUUUUUAUUUUCAAUUUAUUGAUUUUCUGUUACAUUUAAUUCAAACUCCCUGUGAAUUUGUAAUAAAAGGUUGUAUUUUAUUAAUUUGAUUGGUGGGUGGAAUGUUGUAUAAAUCACUAACUAUGAAAGAAAAAUUUAUCAUGUGAAUUAUGAGAGUUUUGAGUAGUUGUAAUUUUCUGUUAUAAAGACUUCCUUAUAUACUAAUCCGAGUACAAGACACAUUUCAUUCUUGUCUUGCUUAUGCCUUUGUCAGUUAAUUUCUUUGUCAUGCUGACAUUUCAUAAUUGGUGAGAGAUACUGUUUGCAUUGGCAUUUCUGUUCUGUGAUAUCAAUAUGUGAAGUCAACAUGUGGAUGUGAAGUGUAUAAUCCAAGGUUUUCGUGUCGUACCAAUGUUAAAGAACAUUUCAAUAUCUGCAAUAAAAUUAAUCUGGGUUGAGUCCUCAGACUUUACCAUUACAACCUGUUA